CCCGAUUUAAUUUAUAGUAUGAUAUAGUUUGAUUUUUGGAUCCAUCCUACCUUUUCUUUUUUACUCAGGGUCGUAAACUCUACAAGGAAUCGACCAAAUUUUUUAAACAUAUUAUUAUUGUAGAAUCAACCAUUUGGUAAAAGGUUAGUAAAAUAUGAACCAUUAAAUAUUCCAAAUGUAAAUCAGCCAAGUGAGAAAAGGUCCAAUUCUGCCAAAGCACAUCUAGGAGCAUAACUCCCACGUGUUUCUCUUGCAUGCACUCCACCUCCUCACACGUGUCACAUCACCCCAUCCUUUUCUCCCUUUGCUCUCCUCUAUUUCACUCUCACUCUCUCUUCCCCAACAUUCAUACACUCUUUUCUUUCUCUGCAACAAAAAUGGCCGAUCAACAACCCAACUACGGCCGUCAACAAAGGCCACCAACUCGUUCCUCCGGCUUCAACAGCAACAUGACUACCCCUUCAUUCCUCCGCAAAUUGCAAGAACACGUCCCUAAUUCCACCCAACUCGUCGGAUUUCUAACCCUAAUUAUCUCCGGCGGAAUCUUACUCCUUCUCACCGGACUCACACUUACCGCAAUUAUUUUAGGUUUAAUCUUCUUCACCCCUUUGGUUCUAAUCUCGAGCCCAAUUUGGGUCCCUGUGGGUACUGUUCUGUUUAUUGCCAUUGCCGGAUUUUUAUCUGUUUGUGGAUUUGGGGUUGCCACGCUGGCGUUUCUCUCUUGGUUAUAUAGAUACAUUAGGGGAUUACACCCACCCGGUUCGGACCGGGUUGAUUACGCCAGAAGCCGAAUUGCUGAUACGGCUAGCCAUGUGAAGGAUUACGCUAGGGAAUACGGCGGCUACCUUCAUAAUAAAGUGAAGGAUGCAGCUCCUGGUGCUUGAGCUCAAUCGAGCCGUUUCUAUAAGUUUUGUUUGAACCGGGUUAAUUUUCUCUUGAGUUUAUUUUUUAUUUUUUUUUAAUUAUAUAAAUAUAAAAUCGGACUGUUGUAGUGUUCUGAUUUACAUAGAAUGUAGUGAUGUUUAUUUGA